AUGAAUAUAGGUAAUAAUAGUCCAGUUAUGAGUAAAAGGGAAAAAUUUAUGAGUUUUGUAAAAUCUACGAAAGAUGUAUAUCUUCCCACUAUAUCCCAAACGAUUAAACAAUCAACAAAUUCUGUUUGGGAUCAUUCUAAAAAUUUAUCUUCCUCAACAUUAUCUAGCCCUUACAGAGAAUUACCAUCCAAUAUGAAGAUUAUAUUUUAUCCAACAUAUUCUACCGAAAAAUAUAAUAGAUAUGAAACUAGAAUCAGAUUUUCUUUACAAUCACCUGGAAACAUCACUAGUAGAAGGAAUAAACUCUUAGUAAUGUUAAGCAGACAGUAUUUGAAAUCUGGAUUGAAUACAAAGUCUAAUAUUUAUACAAUAUCGCCUAAUAGCGACGAAGACUUUACUUCAAAUGACAAUGCUAAUAAUAAUAAUAAGUUCUCUUCAGAAUACAGUUUAUAUAAUUCAAAUGGUGAAUCUGAAUAUUUUAAUUCUAUAAACACAGAUUCAAAUGAGUUGAAAAUUCUUAAGGAAAGAUUAACAGGAUUUAUUACUAAAAAUAUUGGUAAUGUUCCACUUAAAAUCACUACAUUUAAUAAAGAUUGUACUAUUGUACAGCAGAUUAUCUCUGAUUCCAAAGGUUUUGUUGAUACCAAGAUAGUAACUGAGUUCGUUCCAACAGACAUUAAAAUAUCUCUUGAUGAUGAUCCAACAUUAAUUGUUUCUACUGAUAUAACAGAAACAUUUCCCAAUUGUCUUAUCGAUCCGAAGGGUGUUGCAAUAAUUAGUGACAUUGAUGAUACAAUAAAGCACACCGGGAUAACAGGAGAUAAGAAAUCUAUGUUUAGAAAUGUGUUUGUUCAUAAUGUGGAAUCCUGGGUAAUUGAUUAUGUUCCAGAAUGGUAUAAUAAUUUAAAACGGUUUUAUAAUGCUGAUUUUUUCUACGUAUCGAAUUCACCAAUUCAAUUGUAUUCAGUAUUGAAUGAUUACAUAUCGAAAUAUUUGCCUAUGGGUCCUAUUUUUUUGAAACAAUACUCUGGGAACUUAUUGUCUGGAAUAACUACCUCGAGUGCAGACAGAAAAUUAAACACGUUAAAGAAUAUCAUUAACGAUUUCCCUCAAAAGAAAUUUGUUCUUAUUGGCGACUCUGGCGAACAGGAUUUAGAGGCAUACAUUUCCAUUGCAUUAAAUUAUCCUGAUCAAAUCGUUGCAAUUUAUAUUCGUUGUUGUAAGAAUUCAAUGAGUGAUGUGGAGUCGAAUGAUGAAGAAGUUAUUAAUGAAUUAAAUGAAAUGAUUUGGGAGGAAUAUACUAAACCAUUUCAAGAUGAUAACAAACAAGAUUGUAAGUCUUAUAAUAGCAUAGGAGAAAGUAAUAACACAUUCAGGCAAUUACAAUUGAUGAAACCGGCAAUUCCUAAGAAAACUAUUCAGUUAGAGAGCAACCAGAUAGAUUUAAUUAAGUCAUCAAGAAUAAAAAAUUGUGAUAAUAAUUAUAUAAAAAAAAGUUAA